UCAAUUAUUCUAUGCUUGGAAUUAUGGGUUUAUGAUGAUCAAUUUGACUUAUGGCUGAUGGGUUUCUGAUGAUGGUUUAAAGUUAGUGAUGAUGGACUUUGGCUGAGCAACAGAACAAUCUAUUCCGAUACAGAAGAUGACAAGUGUCAGGCAGUAAUUAAUUAGUGAUGACAGGUUUUUGUAUUUACCAGGAGUGCACAAGAGCCUGUGGUCAGAAUGAGUUUGAGAAGAGAAAGACAACCCCCAGGAACUCAUGUCAUUGUUAGAGGGAACCGUCGUGUCUCAAGUCCCAUCAGCUUCACAAAUUUUGAGUCACAUUUAGCUAAACUUCGAGCAGAUUCCAGCUACCUCCUUUCUGAUGAAUAUGAGGACCUGAAGGAUGUUGGUCGUAACCAACCUCAAGACGCAGCGUUAUUGCCUGAAAACAGAGGCAAAAAUCGCUACAACAAUAUACUGCCUUAUGAUUCUACAAGGGUGAAGCUGUCCUAUGUUGAUGAUGACUCCUGCUCAGAUUAUAUUAAUGCCAGCUAUAUUCCUGGCAAUAACUUCAGACGGGAGUAUAUAGCAACUCAGGGUCCUUUGCCCGGCACUAAAGAUGAUUUCUGGAAGAUGGUCUGGGAGCAGAAUGUGCACAACAUAGUUAUGGUGACACAAUGUGUUGAGAAAGGAAGGGUGAAGUGUGACCAUUACUGGCCAUUUGAUCUGGAGCCCCUGUAUUAUGGGGAUCUGGUCGUUCAGAUGCAGUCAGAGUCUGUGCUGCCCGAAUGGACCAUCCGAGAAUUCAAGAUCUGUAAUGAGGAACAGCCUAACUAUUCCCGAGUCGUACGUCAGUUUCAUUACACUGUGUGGCCGGAUCAUGGAGUUCCAGAGAUCACGCAGUCACUCAUUCAGUUCGUGCGGACUGUGAGAGACUAUAUCAACCGGACGCCCUUCUCUGGAGCCACUGUAGUGCACUGCAGUGCUGGAGUGGGGCGCACGGGAACCUUUAUUGCUCUUGACAGAGUCCUUCAGCAGCUGGACACUGGAGACACAGUGGACAUCUACAGUGUUGUGUUUCAACUGAGGAUUCAUCGCACACACAUGGUGCAGACAGAGUGCCAGUACUCGUACCUCUAUCAGUGCGUGCGAGACGUUCUCCGUGCGAGAAAACUGCGCAGUGAACAGGAGAACCAUUUGUAUCCCAUCUAUGAAAAUGUGCAUCCGGAUUACCACAGAGAUGUGGUCUGCUCCAAACGUUGAUGUGCAGGUGGAUAAAAAAGUGGCUGAACACAUAUGUAAAAAUGUAUUUGAAAAUGAAUUUAUUUUAAUAUGCUACAGUAUGUGUAUGCCUAGAUGUAACAGAAUUAUAUAAUGUACAUAUAUUAUUCAACAUUAAUUUAGAGUUUGUUAAUUCUUGCAUAAUAUAUUGUACAUCACUAAUUAAAUGUUGUAGCUAAUUUUAUAUUAAUAAAAUAUAUAACAAAACAA